GCGCCCUCUGAAGCUGGAGUACUUUUGCAUCUUCUCCUUCUCUCCAUACUACCACUCUAUCUACAUCUCCCAGCUUCAGCUCAAAUAUUGUCCUUGACUACUUUGACUUUGCUUAGACACCAUGUUGCCUUUUUAACUUGGCACAUUCAAUCACCCUCUGUUCGGAUGCUGUAACCAAGCCUUGCAAAUUCCCUCCCCCACCGACGUCGCCAUUUCUCAUCGCACACUGCUCCUCCUCGCCCUCACCUCCCACCCAUUCUCCUCUACCUCAUCCACCGUUCGUCCUUCGUUUCUCAGCCUCCUCUAGAUCAGACACUCCUUCUUGUCCAUGUCCACAACCACCAUGACCACUACUUUGGGAACCUCGAAUCUUCGAGGCGGCCCUCCUCGGCAGACGCGCUCCAACCCCUUGAGAUACACAAAAGGCCUCGGCCAUCCCCCAGUUCGCAACAACUCACUCCUUUCUAACUCGAGCCUGCAAGCCCCGUCUUCUACUGUUCCAGCAACGAACAGUCAGAACACCGCCACCACCGACGGUCCAGGCUUGUAUCCUGCGAUUACCCACUUUGCCGAUGCCAUCGCAGCCCUGCCCCGCGAGUUUCGCAGACACAACUCUCUGCUCAAGGAGGUCGACGCAAAGGCCUGGCUCCCUGAGGAAAAUCUCCAGACAAUUCUGCGCCAGUGUCUGUCUGAAAUUACCUCCUCUCCCCUGACCCUUCCCAGCAUCAACCAGAGUCUAGCUGUCCCUGCCACGGCUGACGAUGUCGCCCCAUCUAGCGAUGCCCACAGCGUCACUGGCGCUUCGCUUGACAAUGCCUCCUUGGUGUCCGCUCUUUCGACCGAUCCUGCACUCUUGCAGCGCAGACAACAGUUUCACGCCCUCAGACAAAAUCUCAUAGCCAUCAUGGUCACCAUGGACGAGAAAAACCACGUCAUUAACAAUGCCAAUGAAGAAGUGGCAAGAAGUAUUCGCCGGUUGUCGAAAAUAUACCCCAAUGUCAGCCUCGAAAUCUCAGAGGAAGCAAGACUGGGCAGCCUGAAGCACUGGGCCUACACCGAAACAAACCCUGUCAAGAAACCCACCGCACCUGCCACCCGGACCCGAGACGCUGCAGCGAAUGCUGCCGCCGGACAUGAAAGCGAGGUUGCCCAUAGAAGCGAAAGCAGAAGAGAAGCUAUGCUGGCUAGAAAACAGAGAGCUGCCCCUCAGGUCGAUUCAGACUUUGACGAGUCUAGGCCUGGCCAACGAAAGGGUUUGACCAACGGCAAGAGGAAAGGAGUCGAAACACCAACGGAUCCAGCAGGCCUAGGCAUUAUUGGUGCUGCCACUGCCACGUCCAAACGAAAAAAGACAGAGAAAGCUGCCGCUGGCGGCACCGCCAUGGAACGAUCGGUGAGCAGCGCAAUGGGCGGACGAGCCAUGUCGCGAGAGAACUCGCAAACCGAAAACGCAAAGAAGCGAAAAGCAUCUGGCCCUCCUGCGGCUACUAUGAGGAAGAGGUUCGUGGCUCGACUCGAUAAGUCGAAUUCAACUGACGUAAACCACAGGCUCAACGCUUCGGUCCAAGAUUCCCCCAAGCUCGCAUCUUCGCCCCUCGCAGGUAACGCUGGGAAAGAAGCCUACAAGAAAAGUCCGGCACUGGCCUCGGUGCGGCCGGUCGGCAGGGGAAGACAGAAUUCUACACAAACAAUAGACAGCACCAAGGGCAGGCCAUCCUCGUCCUCGGCUUCGCAACGAAACGGGACCAAUGCAGCCAGGGGUAGUACUCCCGAAGGGCAGGCUGCGACUGCUGCAACAGUCAAGGGUUCAGCUGAUAAUAAGAGCAUGGCCAAAGAGACCAAGCUUGAAAAGGCCGAGCGUUUGGCUCAGGACGAGCCAUCAGCGGUGAAUGGUGCCAACGUCGGUCAAACCACAGCUCGAGGCGCAGUUGCACUAGAGCGAACAUCUAGCAAAGCCGGGUCUGUCAAGGGCGAAGUCAAGGCCAUGGAUGAGGUCACCAGCAAAAAGGUCGCAUCUCCUCGCAUUCCCCCAGCACUGCUGAACUUGAGCGAGAUUCGAAACGAGCGAGGUGGAAGGGGAAGAACAUCCAAGACUUCCACACCAGUGGUCGGCACCUUUUCCGAAGCCGAAUUCAACGACAGCAACGGCAGCGCCAGUGGAGGAAAUGCUCCCAAGAUCAGACGGCCGGCACGACCAAGAGUCAAGGAUCAUGGCCUGCACGAUUCCCUUUCACCCAAGGGACUCCCUGUGAAGCGAUCGCACAAGAAGAAUGGUAGUGUCUCGACGAUCGGUGCACUUCCUCUGACAUCCUCAAGUAAUCAACGUCUGAUGAAUGACACGGAUGCUUCUCUCUCACGAACUCCUUCCGAGCAUGGCGCAAAGGAGCGUGAGGACGAAGACGAAGAAAACGAAAUGGCCGAAGAAGACGAGGAAAGAUAUUGUUAUUGCCAGGGGGUUUCAUAUGGAGAGAUGGUGGCUUGUGACAAGCCCGACUGUCCCAUGCAAUGGUUCCAUCUAGAUUGCAUUGGCCUUAAAAGCGUCCCCAAGAGUGCCAAAUGGUACUGUGACGAGUGCAAGGAAACUCUCGCUAAAAAGAACAAAGCUGUGGGUGGUAGCAAUGGCGGCGGGGGUGCAAUUGGAAGUGGUCUUGGGAAAUAAGGCCGCAUGUCGUUCUCGCCGUGUCUGAAAUGACCGUCAGAGCUUCAAAGGCGGUCUUGAUGCAGGGAAAUCACGAUUGCUAUUUGCCUUGGAUGAGGUAGUCAGACCGGACUAUACAAUGUCCCUACCAAGACAGAUUCAGAUAAGCCUAAUGAAAAAACUCCAUAUUAAUCCGUCAGCAUGAGUAGAAGAAGAGACUGAACGGUGCUCAAA